AUACAGAGAAAGGCCUGGAUGAAAAUUUGAAAGAAAGCGAAGACUUUUGUAAUGCGUUGUCUUUAGUGGAAUCUCAACAUAAUAAGUAUUUGACUAAACUUCAAAAUUUGGCAUAAGGCGACCAACAACAAAACCCCUACUUUUGCAAUCGCCGGGCUUCUCUAGCGGUUAAUUUUUAAAUCCUCCUUUACUCGUUGGUUUUCAUGGUACAACAGAAAACUUUCUCUUGGACGGAAAUCUGCUGCAGAACGGAGAUAAAAUGACUCUCACCUCAAAGGCUCCAUGUUUCAAAUCAAAGUUUAUCACUGCGGAGCUGGCUCAUCUGUUCAGCCAGUCAGACAGUGAGGAGGAGUUUGAAGGUUUCAGCGAGAAUGAGGAGGAAGAGGACAGAGGAUGUUUUAACAAAUGGCUAAAGACCAAGAUGAUGGAUUCAGAGGAUGACAGUGACAUGGACACAGGCUUCUACUCUGAUGGGGAGGAGGCCCCCCCAUCAAAAAGGAGGAGUCUUUUAGUGGCCCUGAGGUUUCCAGUGAAAAGGAUGUCUGCCCCCAAACACGACCCGCAAAAGAAAAAUGUCAAAAAGCUGGUUGAAGAAACUCCCCCUUCACAGAGAGUCAGAGGAAGGCAGAGGAUGAAGCAGCAAGAGCAGCAGAAAGAGGAGGAGGAAGACGAGGACGAAGAUGAUGACAAAGAUAAACAGGAGCUCCUGUCUCAGAGCUUAAGGAAACGAGACAAGAACAUUAAGGAAAACAAGGCCAUGUUGGCUAAGCUGUUUGCUGAUCUGAGCACCAUGGCUGACCUGACUCUGCCCACCACCCCUCAGAAGAAGAAGCGGGCACCAGAGAAGGUGACAGCACGGAAGCACAAAUUUGAACCAGAGGUGGGGUCAGAAAGGAGAAACCCUUCACGUAAGGCUCGUCCUCCCGAGAACUUUGCGGUAGAGGAAAAGAGCGAGCCACUCACCUGCAGAAGCCCCAGGACUGUAGACGUCAGGAAACUAGUCAAGGUGGACAAGGAACAUGUUGGUGAUAAACGGGGAAAGAGGAAGAGCUGCAGUAUCAGGAGAAGCCAGUAUGACGUCAGGUCAGUCGACGAGAUCACCAAAGAAGACCUGGACAACAUAGCGUAUCGCAGCAAAGACAAGAUCUGGGACAAGGAGAAUGGCAGCUCUUGUCACCAGUGCAGACAGAAGACUCUGGACACCAAGACAGUGUGUCGCAGUGGUUUCUGUGUGGGGGCCAAAGGUCAGUUCUGUGGGCCGUGCCUUAAGAACCGCUAUGGAGAGGAUGUACGCACUGUGCUGCUUGAUCCGAACUGGUCGUGUCCCAUCUGCCGAGGGAUGUGUAACUGCAGCCUGUGUCGUAAGAAGGAGGGCCGCUGUGCUACAGGCAUCCUGGUGGGAUUGGCCCGCUACAAUGGCCACGACAAUGUCCACAAGUAUCUGGAAAGCCUUCAGAAGGAGCUGCAAUAAAGUCCAGAGAGGAGACCAGAACCUGCUUGUACAGCUGGUACCAGGAGCAGACUCUGGUGCUGCACAGUACUGUAGAACUCAUUUUAAUGCACAUAAUUAGGUUUAGAGCAACCUUUUAUCUAGCUAGAGAAACAAAAGCAAGAUUUUGUUUUGUUCAUGUCACCUUAACAUAUGGCACAUAUGUACACUAUUAAUAUGCUCUAUAUAUCCUGAUUUAAAGCUGCAUAAGAUGCAGGGUGUUUUUUUUUUUAUUGUUUCAAAGUUGCUACUCAGUUUCGAGUUGUAUAUUUUCAUUUCAAUGUUUCUACUCUUGAUGUUCACUAGGGCAAAUGUAAGGUAUGUUUAUUUUCUGUGUUACGGAUGCAAAAUGCAAAAGGAUCUUUUAUACCAACUACCUUUCUAAAAGUGAGUAACUUUGCAGCGUUCUUGUCAGUUCACUGUAAAUUUUAAUAAAGAGUGGC